AUGGAUUCGCAUCCAAAUCUCGGAAAAGGGCCUGCCGACGGGAUCCGUACGUCGGUGGAUGCCUCGAUCGCCGACGGCGGCGGCAGCAGCGGUGGUGGCGGUGUCCCUCCCUCCGCCACCGUGGCGGGCGCGGCUGCCGCAAUGGCAUUGGCAUUGGCAGCCCAGCAGGACCAGCAGAACCCGCCGCCGCAGCAACAGCAGCCGCCGCAGCAGCAGCCGCAACAGCAGCGGCAGCAGCAGCAGCAGACGCAGCAACUUCAACGUCAGCAGCAAGAAGCGGCAGCUGGGGCCGCAGCCGCGGCGGGGUCGGCGGUCGGCGGGGACGAGGCACGGCUGGCCGACGGCAUGGCUGGUUUAUCCGUGGAGGGCCUCGGUGGGUCGUCUACGAUGGCCGGGGGGAACAACCUGGGUGCCGGUGCGGCGUCGGGGGCGCCGGGUGCGUUGCAGCUUGUGAUGUUGCAGCAAGAUAACGAGAACCUCGUUGCGAACGUAUCGGCUUUGGAGCAAUCCCUGCAGCAGUUGCUGAACAACCAAGGUGGGGGCGCGGGUUCGCACGUGGUCGGCCCGCAUGCUGCUGAUGGCGCGGGAGCCGCGGUGGCGGUCGGUGCGGGUCUUGGUGCAGCUAGCUGCUGCUCUGAGGUCGGACGCUGAUCGCCAGCGUCGCUUCGCAAAAGCGGAAUUCGAGAGUACUGCUUCCGCUUGGCGUGCGGGACGUUUGAUGUGGGCGCUGCGUGGUAAGCGGGGAAUUGACGUUCCCAACAAAGAGACCCUGCAAACGAUGAUGGGGGGGACCGUUACCGGCACCGACAAGACUUUGCAGCAGCUUCGGACCAUGUCCGGACUGAACGUCCUCGACUUCUUUCCCGUUGGCAAUUCCGGUGAGCUGUCAGUCCCGGACCACUUCGAUUUGACCUGUGCUGCGAUCGUUAACGUGUUGAAAUUUGGUCUCUCUGCCACCUCCGCGGCCAACGCUGCAGCUCUGGCGCGCUUGCGGCCCAUGGAGUAGGCCAUGCUUUCGGCGCGGGGUACGCUGCGCAUGCAAGCCCUCCGUCAUAUGGGCGACUUUCAGGGGAGGGGGUCGCGGGGGACCUUCGCCGACCUCCCCAACGAUGACUUUCGUGAAUGGGCAUAUGCGGUAAUGUUGUGGAUGAUGUUCGGGACUGUGGGUGGUGAAGGUUCUUCUGGAUCGAGUGGGGGUAAGCGGCGGCGGGGGGACUUCCGCUCUGCGGGUGGGGACUCCAAACGCCGGUCGAAAGUGUGUUUCGAAUAUCGCGACUCCCAAACGUUCAGGUGGGGCGACUCCUGCGUGUUCCG